CAAGAGGCAGAAACAUAAUCUCAUCUUUUCUCAGCAAGCAGGAAAAUCUCUUGCACCAUUCUCUAGUGCUGGAAUUAAUCAGCUUCUGAAUAAUACUUUCAGACUGCUUAGGAAGAUGAUUAUAUGUUAGAAAGUCUCAGUUUAAGAAGCCACUCUGCAAGUGGAUGAAGGAAAGAGAAGACGAUAUGGGGCAUGCUGUACACCAGUUCAAGGCUCUGUUUUGGAAGAAUUGGCUCUGCCGUGUGAGGCAACCGGUCCUGUCUCUCACUGAAAUACUCUGGCCAUCCGUGCUUUUCUUGAUUCUGGCUGCAAUCCGCUUCCAGGAGCCCCCAAAAUACAAGGAAAACUGUUACUUAGAAGCUCGGGAUUUACCAAGUCAGGGCCUUUAUCCUUUCAUGCGGACUCUUUUCUGUAAUGUUGGUUCAAGAUGCAAGAAUUCUAGUUACACAACACAGACAAACCACCGCUUACGUACUGCAGGCAUCCGAAGUGGUCCAGAGAGAUUCACAGGACCUGAUCUAGACUUCAUGAAAGAGGUAGAAGAACUUGCAAAGGGAUUUAUUGAGACCACAGAGAAAGCGAUGGCUCUGGAAAAGCUAUGGGAGGAAACUUCAAAGUUCUCAGGGCUCCAUAACAUCACCACUUUUCUUACUAUGGAUUUGAAUGAAGUGGAGGAAAUGAUUUCUAGAGCAGAAAGCCUGUACAAGCAACCAUAUUUCUGGAACUUUCUGCAUUCACUCCCUUACCUUGAAUUGGAUAACUUUUAUACAGAAGAUGAGUUAGCUGCUGUAGCACAGUUUCUAAAAGUUAUUCAAAAUACCUUACCAUCAUUGAAGGAUUUAGCUAUGAUGCCAUUGGGCCAAAAUUUCUAUGAAGUGGUGAAAAAAGCACUGAAUCUAACUGCUGCAUUGGUACAGGAUAGUAGCUUAGAAGGUUUUCAGUAUAAUCUUUCUCUCAGGGAUGCCUUGUGGAAUCCACAUGCUGUGAGAGCAGAACUCAAAUCCAGGUUUGGUUUUGAUGAUCUUCAUGUUGAGAAGCUGCUAAGUUAUACAGCACAAUUAACAAAGAUUCCCACAGGAGAGACACUGGAGCAGUUUGUGUGCUCUGCUCUAUCCACUGUGAUAGAAGAUGAAGCAAACAAAGAGAAUAAUGAAGAGGACUGUAUUUCUGCAUGGCAUGAGGCCAAAUUGUAUCUUGUUCGUGCUGUCAGCAAGCUCAGACUUUAUGCACAGGUAUUUGAGCAAUGGUUCAGCAGCAGCAGGCUCUCUCAGAAAGUCCUUUUGGAAUUUGAAAGAAUCAUAGCUGACUUAAUGUCUCAGUUUCUAGAUGACGGGCAAGCCAAGAAACUUUUUUUGGAGAUAAAUACCCUGAUCCAGCAAUGGAAUGAGAAGUCGGAUGCUUACUUUUCUGAAGGAUAUACUGCAUCUCACGAUCUAAUCAUGCAUCUGGAGAGAAUGCAGUCUGUACUUCAUGAUGUACCUCAAUGGCCUGUUACAAAGAGAUUGCUUCUGGUAGAUGGAGCUAUAAGGAAUGUAAUAGUGCAGUAUUUGUACUUCACUGAAGAAGCUCUGCAUAGCCUGGAAAAACUGAUUCCCUUUGCCCAAAGAGAUGGAUUCGUUCAUCUAGACAUCAGAAAGCUCUUUGUGGAGCUAAACCAGAUGUUUAUGAGUAAUGCUUCCUAUAUAUGCAAUGACAUGCUUACAAUGUUUGAGAAGACCCUGAGACUUCCACAGAGCUCAGACAACAUUGACAUUUUAGCAAUACACAUGUGCCCUGGCAAUGGCUCAGAGGUGACUUUCAGGCUAAGUACCCAGGUCCAGUCACUAAAGGAAUCUGUCCUGCUUCUGCAAAAAGUAACUCAGGGACAACAGAGCCUGCCAGAUUCCAUAAUGGAUGGUUAUUUGGGAUGGCAAGAAAUAGAAGAGAAGCUAACUGAAAAUUAUGCUUAUUACUGUGAAAAUAAUCAAUUGCUGAACACAGAGGCACCAUCUGAGGAGGGUGUCCAUUUCAGUUCUUGUCAGGAACAGCUGCUCUUUUCACUAAUUAAUAGUACACUUGAAGAAAUUUUGUUUGCUUUUGAGAGAAACCCAUACUGGAAGGAUUUAACAACUUUUGUCAGUUGGACAUGCAAGGUAGCUCAAUACAUGAAUGAGGAAGCAGGCUCCACAGAAGGUCAGUCAGAUGGACUAGAAGCAUCUUUAUGUUCUAGACAAAAGCUCAGUUUGGAGACCAUGCUAGGUCAUUAUUUAGCAUUCCUGAAAGACUUACCAGAUCAUUCCUCAUUUAUUUCCUGGGCACGGAUUUUGACAUCUUUCAAAGAAUUUUUGAAGAGAGAAGAGAACUUAAGUAGUUCUGGUGAAAAGGAAAUGGAUCAUCAUUUUAAUUUUGUAGAAGUCAUAGAAGAAAUCAUGCUUGAUUUCUCAACUGCUUCAAACCAAUCUCUAAUUGAAAAUGUCCUGAAUAAUACAAUCAUAUGGAUGAAAAAUUUUGCUGAGGGGAAGGAAUCUGCCACCAAUUUCUCACUUGCAGUUUCUGAACUCCCGGAUGAGCUACAAAGAGAUUUCCACCCUCUUCAGAGGCUCUGGACAAAAGAGAUGACAGAAGUUUUCUGGCAUAUAGGGAAAAUUGUAUUCUAUGAACUUGAUUCUAGACUUUCUCAUUUGAGUCAAGUGGAAGAGGAGGAGGUGUUGGAGACUUUAUCUAGAAUUAUAUUUUCCAUUACAGAAAAUAAAAUCCACCACAGAAGCAUGCUAUUGCUCCAACAUAUCCUGACUGAUUGGCCAGAGUUAAAUGUUUCUGCUUUGAACCAUCUAAAACACUUAAGUGAAAACUUCCUAAGGAAAAUCUAUGAGAUUGGAUCAUUGACUGAUGAUCACGUCAAUAUGUUUUUAAGAACAAUCCAUGGGGGGAGUAAUGCUUCCUCUUUAUUACACUCAAAUGAAACUUUUAUAUAUAAAGUAAAUACAUUAGAAGAAAUUGUGCAUGAUUUCUUCAAGAACAUAAAAAAAUUAAACAGUACUAGUGCGGCCUCAUUUGUUCAAAUACUUUUCUCUCUGUAUCAGAAUGACGAUUUGGUCUUAAAUAUUGAGAGCAACAGCACUCUGUUAACAUUUCUCUAUGAGACUUCAAAAGAUAUUUCAUCUUUUCAAGUAUGGUGUGAUUUCCAAGAUAGGGAUCAAGUUUUUGAUUUUCUGUCUGGAACUUUUGAUCUUCUCUGGAACUUCACCAGUAAGUCCCUCUGUGAAAAGUUACUAAUCAUUUACAACUACACCGAGUUUCAGGCCCAGUCUCUUGCACAUAAAGGAAAAAAAGAGAUGCAAAUUGUCUAUAACACUCUGAGCAGCCUUAAAAAUUUGUUUAUAGAUGAAGAGCUCCAAACAGCUGCCUUUUGUUAUUUGGAACAGUUUCUUGAUAUCUUCCCAGAAUGCCUGAUAAAUAAUGGGUGCAUUGAUUUUUAUCUAUCAAACAUUACUUCUGUAGAUCAAUCAGCAGAAGUUGACAACUUAUUUCUGCUUCCAUUGGAUGGUGUUCUGUCUAAUGUAACAAACAUGGGAGAUAAGGUAAGUGUGCCUUCUGCUUUGCACUGCACUUUUACAUGGCUUCAAACCUGGACAGACAUUUUUGAAGAAGCAUCCAAAAUCUUAAAUUUGAAUUCAAGCUUUUUUCUCUCUCUAAGAAAUGAUUUGACAUAUCUCUCUGAAAGUCUUGUAAAUGCAACCCAUGAUGAACUCUGCAAUAACACAGCUAUGGCUAUUGUUGAAGCUACAACAGCAGCAAUGAAGCUAUUAAAAAUUAUAUUUGAAGGAGGUGGUGAUGUAAAUGACUGGAAAGAUUUUGAAGCUUUCCUUAAUCUUCAAAGUCUAUUUAACAAUGCAGUUGGUGUCACAAGCUCACUUAAAGGUAACAGUUUAGAAAGUGUUUUAGAAAUUAUAACAGUUGUGAUAACUGAAUUACAGAAAUCUAUACUGAAAAUUGUUAAUGGAGAGUUUUUGAACUCUCAACUUGGCACUUUCAUCUCAGGAGGAUCCGAGGAAGAGUAUAGGGGUGCUGAUGUAUUUUCCAUUGGAAAUUCCCUUUCUAAUAUUCUCAAACUCUCUGAAGAGGAACUUGGAAUUAUUCUCACUGAGAUAAAAGACACAUCUGAUUUCUUUAGAAGUGUUACUCAAGGCAAAUAUAUGGUUUGUAUCAACAUGUUCCAGGAUAUUACCAAAUUAAUUUUGGACAAUACUCUGAAAGAUGUAAGCCAUUUGCAAACAAAUUUUUCAUCUUAUUUUAAUUCCCUUCUAAACUUUUAUGAUACAGUGGAUGAAGGAGAGGAUUGUAACAGGUGGCUACGUGGAUUAAGUAACCUCAGUCAAAACCACAACUCACCUUCCCACCUUGAAAGUGCAAAAAAUAUUUUAUUUCUACUGAAAUCUCUGGGAAACAUUGAGACAGAUACUAAGCUAAUGAACAUGAUGGACUUUGUUAAUUUUAUUUUAAAUUUGAUAUUCCCUGAAUGUUCCCUAACUGGUUCUGAUAUGAUUUGUGUAAAUGUUUAUUUCAAUAUUAUAGCAAAAACUUUAAAGUUUAUUCUCCCUGAAUUUUAUGUAAAAGAUGACAUUAGUGUGCCUAAAUUUAUUUUUAAACUUUUAAAUAACUCUGGAGGGCAAAUACAAAUGGGUGUCAAAGAUUUAGUGGGGCACUCGCGGUACACGUUAAAUAAGACCCAUUUUAGUCAGUCAACCCAUGGAUUUAACAGGACUUCAAGGAUGUUCCUUAAUCCUUUUCACCAUCUUCAACUUUCAUCAGUAGAACUUUUGGCAGAAAUUCAAACUCUUCUGAAAAGUAAAACUUUUGAAAACCAAGAAAACAGCUCCUCUCGUAUGGAUAUUGCGUUUGAACCUUUCUUGCAUGAGAAAAAUACCAGUUUGUUGGAGUUCUUUCAGUAUGUGAUUAAUGAACUUGACUCAAACUUGCAGGGUGAACACAACACAUUUCUCCAGAACCUGAUGGAAACAGUAGCUCUAAAUAUUGAACUGGUAAGGAAGGCACUCGAAAUUUUCAGGUCUUCUAGUUUUACUGGCUCUCCAUUAAGAGUUGAUAAAGAGUUUUUAAAGCAUGUGGUAGCCUUGGUGCAAAAUAUGAGGGACAUGGAUGCUGAGUUCUUGAUAAGUCAAUUCAAACAAGUCCAGAGGAGCCUAGACAAUGUCUUUAAAAAUAUCAAACCUUUGUAUAUUGAGAAUUCUGAGUUAGGAACGUUAACUGACUGGUGGGAUGCAUUUGAGAACAAUUCAUGUAAUUGGAACCUCACUGGCUUAUGGCAAAUAACACGACUCUUUGGACAAGAUGAGCUCUACGAUGUAGAAGAGAUGUUUCAUCUUCUUCUCAGUGUCAUCAGCCUUACAGAGAGAUUAGCUCAUGGAAACGUUACAGAAGCACUAGCUGAAGUAUAUGCUUUCAUACUGACUCAGGAAGCAAGAAUGCCAAUGUUUACUAAAGAGGAGUUCUCAAAUCAAGUAGAAAGUCUUCUAAUAUUACUUGAGACACUGACAGAUAUGUCUGAUGAACCUGCAGAGGCCUCAGUCUGUUUUUCUGCAGCGUUCUGCUGGAGUCUCACAACAGCAACACCUCAGAUGGAACCUUGUGACUUUGUGCAUAGCAAUUCUACUCUUGGUUACAAUGCAGUCAUUCAAGUCAUUAAGGAGCUGAAACUCAUCACACUGGAGGACAGCUCCUCAUGCACUGUGGAAGACUUUCAAAUGGAUAUCACUCGCAAUCUGACUUGCUUUUUUCAUCAGAUCAAAGAAUGGAACUCUAUUCUUUUGAAGUUUUCUGAGCUCACUCGUGUAAAUAGCUCAGUUCUCAAAGAGCUGCUAGAUUUUUGGAACGAGCUAUCCUUCUAUGCUGUGCCACUGCAAAUGAAUUAUACAUACUCAGUCAAUUGUUCCUCUGCACCAAAGAGACAAAUGGUUUUACAAAUUGUAGAAACACUGGGCAGUAUGCCAGUGGCAGAAAUGGAGAUGGCCAAAGUUGUUCUUGAACAGCUGGGUGGUCUUUAUGGUGGUCUAAGUUGGACCAUGUCAAGAACAUCAGUUAUAAAGGCUGUGCUUGCUAAUAUUAAGAAUAUGACUAGUGAAAUUUCUGGACUCCUGCAUACAGAAGCUGUCCUUUCUUUUCUUUCUGUAAUUCAGCCUUUAAUGACGCUGUCUCCUGAUGGAAACCAGACAUACUCAAUGUUUAUGGUAAUAUCAGCUUUAAAUGGAAAUAGUAAUAUUUCUGAUAACUUUGAGAACUUCUGGUUUCCUGUAGUUACAAGCAUAGAAGAUUUAUUGGUGGAUUUUAAUGUUAAACAUUUACUUGAAAUGAUAGACAAAGAGUUUCAGUUACUAAGGUUAGCCACUGGAUGGUCCUCUUCGAUGACUCUUGAUGUUUUAAUACAGCAGUUUAAUACAUCAUCUGUAGAUGUUAUGUUAAGAAAUUUUGAAGACAUACAAGAGAAUGUGAACAGCUUUCUAUGUGAGUGUAACAAUAAAAAUUAUUCUGAAAUAAUGCAUGCUCUAAUUCUCCUUAUGGCUAAUGAAAAUUCAUCAAAUGACCUACUGCUGGUUGUUGAAGACAUUAUUGACUUUCUGGAACUAUUCCAAAAUAUGUCUAAGGAAGGUUACACUGAUAUAUUAUUUGCUGAUGGUCAUCUUAACAGAGAAAAAUUGAAGAAUACUCAUACAGCUAAUUCAGUUUUGUUAAACGGUCUCCUUCAUAUAAUUGAUGAUCUUGCUGUUAUAGAAGAAGCUCUGCAUACAAACAACACUGAGCUUCAGAUGGUUGACUUCAUUGAUUCAAUUUUUGAUAAUGCACAUCAUAAAGAAGUUUCUACUCAGUCCCAAAACAGAACUCUGGAGAUAAUGCAAGAGGUCUUGCAAAUGAUAUUUCAGUCUACCACAGAACAUGACAGGAACAAACUAACGUUCUUAUUAAAGGAUUUGCAUAAGGAUAUAAUGGCAGAAUUGAGAGCAUCUAAAAUCUGCAAGAUUCUUCAUAAACAUUUACACCCUGCUACUGUCCUACUAUUGCAGAAAUUGCAGUUUACCAUUUUGAAUGUGCUUAAAAUCUUUUCAGAAGAACCAGUUGUCAUUGGCAACCUGUUCUGUGUUGUUAGAAAGUGUAAAGAUGGAAUAACGAGUCACUUACUCCUCUCUGUCAUUGAAGGAAUCACUCUGGUUCAAGAUCAUUAUCAGGAUAUUGAAAGAAUGUGGCCUGCUUUUAACAAGGGGGAAUGUGAAAAUGUGGCAUACAUAAACCAAAAACUUUCUAAUACUUUGGAGAGCUCCCUGAGAGCCUUGCAGAAUACCAGCAAUGGCAGCUGUGAAUGUCAGCUAACGCUGGGGAACAUAGAGAGACGACUGCAAAUGGUGGCUGAAAAUUUGGAGCUACAGUUGUCAGAAUAUCCAGCGGCAGCUUUUCUCAGCAAUUUUAAUAUUUUGAAUGAUGUGAAAGUCAAAGAGUGUGUGCAGAAUCUUACUCAGCUGAGGCUGGACAUUGGUUCUUCUGUCAAUAUUUCUGAAGAAACUAUCAAUACUGUCUUGGAGGCCAGUAUCUCUCAUUCAAAGGUUUUUUACAGUGCCUUUGUGGUAGCUUUAACUGGAAGAUGUGAUGAAGAAGUACUUAGCCUGCUGCUAAAGCUACCUGAAAACAAUAAAACUUCCCAGGUGGUGGAAGAAUUAUGUUCUUUACCAGCACUGGACUUGUAUACCAUGUUUGUACUGGUUAUAGAGAAUUUGAACUUACGUCAUAUCAUUUACAAGAUUAAGGUACCAUCUGAGAUAGGCAACAUACUAAACAUGCUACUGGAUGUGGUUUCUAGUAUCAGCUCGCUUCUCAAUAAAGCCCAUCAUGUCAUGGAAAACCUUCCAGUAUUCCUCCAGGGAGUACAAAACACUGGUAUGCUUGACAUCUCUGCAUUGCAACAGUUCUUGCAAGGUGGGCAGUUCAGAAGUUCAGCUGUUGGAUCCCUGGAGUCUGUAAUCAAGGCAGUGUGCAAAGAAGAAACUUCAUUUUUCAGCAAUGCAAACCUGUUCAUCGACAUGCCUAGAAUCAUGGGACUCUUGGAUGACAAUAAGGCAAAAUAUGGCAUUCCUGAAGACUCAACUCCAUUUUGCUUGAAGCUUUAUCAGGAGAUUUUGCAGUCUUCUAAUGGGGCUUUGCUAUGGACUUUCCUGAAACCUUUAUUACAUGGGAAGAUACUGUACAAUUCAAACAUCAACAUGAUUGACCUGGUGAUGGAAAAGGCUAAUUUCACUUUUGCUUUUGUGGAAAACUUGAAGACUUAUUCUGAGACAUGGCUUAGGAUGUCUGAGGUUUUUAAAACCAGUGGAAAUGUCCUUACAGUCUCACGGCUGCAGGAAGCACUGCAAAGCAAUUUCAUAAAGCACUUUCUAGAAACGAAUUUGGAUAUUGACAUGGAAAAACUCUUUAAAAAAAUGCAAGUAUACGAAACUAUGAUGAACAAGAUGCUUAACAGCUCAGCAAGUAAACAGAUUGACCUGUUGUCACAGCUUGUAGUAAAUAUCUCUUCCUGUGUGUUACUGGACCGUUUCCAGCCUUUUGACUCUGUUGAGAAAUUGGAGGAGAAGGCUCAUGAACUCAUGCAGCAAAACAAUUUUUUAGCUAGUAUCAUCUUUGAUACACCAAAGAACAAGACACAAGAUUCUAGCAAUCUCCUUCCACGACACAUUUCAUAUACAAUUAGAACAAGUGUUCUCUACAGCAUGAGAACAGAUUUGAUUAAAAACCCAGCGUGGAAAUCUCAUCCACAGAAAUUGCCAGCUGAUGGGUUUAAAUACAACCACAUCUUUAUUCCUCUCCAAGACAUGAUUGAAAGGGCAAUUAUUUCAGCACAGACUGGGACAAAUACCUUAGAGCCAUCCAUUCAGGUGCAAGCCAUGCCUUACCCUUGUCAUACCAGUGAUCUAUUCUUGAACAAUAUAGGGUUUUUUUUCCCGCUUAUGAUGAUGUUAACAUGGAUGGUUUCAGUUGCUGGCAUGGUUCGCAAACUGGUUUAUGAAAGAGAAAUUCAUCUAGAAGAGUAUAUGAAGACAAUGGGUGUGCAUCCAGCCGUUCAUUUCUUUGCUUGGUUUCUGGAGAAUGUCAUUGUGCUCACAAUAAGCAGCUGUGCUCUGGCCAUUAUUUUAAAAGCAAGUGGUAUCUUUGCUUAUAGCAAUGGCUUCCUCAUCUUCCUUUUUCUCCUGGAUUUUGGAGCUACAGUUAUUAUGUUAAGCUAUUUUUUGGGAGCAUUUUUUAGCAGUGCUGACACAGCAGCUCUGUGUGCCAGCCUUGUAUAUAUGAUCAGUUUUUUACCCUACAUAGUUUUGUUGGUCUUGCAGAACCAGUUGAGUUUCAUCAGCCAGAUUAUAAUGUGUCUUCUUUCUACAACUGCCUUUGGGCAAGGAGUAUUUUUCAUUACAUUCUUUGAGGGCCAAGAAAUAGGAAUUCAGUGGAAUAAUGUGCACCAGUCAAUGGCACAAGGAGGAUACAUGACCUUUGGAUGGAUGUGCUGGAUGAUGUUCUUUGACUCCAUUUUAUAUUUUAUAGGUGGCUGGUAUUUCAGCAAUAUUCUUCCUGGAAAAGUUGGAUUAAAGAACCGAUGGUACUUUCCCUUUACUGUUGCCUACUGGAAGAACCUGUGUGGUGCAGAGAGGAGGAAGAGGCAUCAUCUGAAUUCUAAUAUGCUUUUCUUCAAUGAAAACUUCCAAGAAAAAGACACAGCACCUCCAAGCUGGAGAGGCCCUUGCAUGGAAGAAGCCAACAUUGGUGUCAUGCUAUUGUCUCUCACCAAAGAGCACGAGGAUGGCCAGAGGGCUGCUGUUAAAGAUCUCAGCCUCACUUUCCACAGAGGUCACAUAACAGCGCUCUUGGGACCUAACGGAGCUGGCAAGACGACAGUUAUAUCACUGUUGACUGGUCUGUAUCCACCGACCUCUGGUACCAUUAUUAUUAAUGGGAAGGACAUACGUACUGACCUGGCUGCCAUCAGGACACAGCUGGGUGUUUGCCCACAGUAUGAUGUCCUGUUCAACAUACUGACGGUGCGAGAACACCUACUGCUUUAUGGAUCAGUGAAGGCACCUGGCUGGACAAAGGAACAGUUGAAUCAGCAAGUCAAUGGAGUUCUGGAAGAUAUGGAUUUAUGCCAACAACAGUACAAACCUGUUGGAGCCCUUUCUGGGGGAAUGAAAAGGAGGCUAUCAAUUGCCAUCUCCUUUAUUGGAAACUCAAAUACAGUUGUUCUAGAUGAGCCCACCAGUGGAGUAGAUCCAUGUUCUCGCCGUAGCAUCUGGGAUGUUCUUCUGAAGUACAAAACUGGUUGCACGCUGAUCUUUACCACUCACCAUCUUGAUGAGGCAGAGGUGCUCAGUGAUCGCAUUGCCAUCCUGCAGCGUGGCCAGCUGAGGUGCUGUGGUUCUCCCUCUUAUCUGAGAGAAACAUAUGGCCAGGGACACAGUCUGACACUCAUAAAAAAGCCCUCUGUGUUUGAAAUCCAGGAUCCUAAGCAUAUUGUUCAGGUCACAUCUCUGGUACAGACCCACAUCCCAGAAGCCUUCUUGAAAGAUAACAGUGGGACUGAGCUGACCUAUGUGAUUCCAGAAAGGGCAGAUAAGACCUCUUUUAAAGCUCUUUUUCAGGCUUUAGAUCAAAGCCUUCAUCAUCUACAUGUGACUGGCUAUGGCAUUUCUGACACCACCUUGGAAGAGGUAUUUCUGAAGCUACUGCAGGACUCGGAGAAGAUGCCCUAUGUUCCACAGGCAACACACCUGGACCAUGCAAAUGAUGUUGAAUCAGCCAAUAUGUCACUCCCGGGAGCCCCAAGCAUGCGUGGAGCCCGUCUUGUUCUCGCACAGACUGCUGCCCUUCUGGUGAAGAGGUUUCACCAUGUUAGGCGAGACUGGAGAGGAAGUGUGUCAAAUGUGCUGCUGCCUGUCAUCUUUGUUGCACUGGCAAUGGCCUUGUUUAGUGUGAAGCCGCUGACUAUUGACUAUCCUUCUCUCAAGUUGACACCAAAACUUUACGACAACGCAGAAUCCUUCUUUAGCACUGAAGAUGAUAACCUAGGAAACCUUUCUCACAUUCUGCUGAGAUAUUUCUCUGAUUGGGACCACACAUGCAUGCAUUCAAAACAAGGAAAAAAUAACUCAUGUUGGCAGAUGGAAUCUACAUCACCCCUGGAUUCAUGUGGAUGUGUGGCUGAACAAGAGAUGUGUCCAAAUUUCAACACCUCUGCUCCCUAUUUGAAGAAUAAGAAUGGACAUAUUUUGUACAAUCUUUCAGGGUUCCUUGUGGAAGAAUAUUUAGUGAGGCCUUCCAACAAAGCAAGAUAUGGUGGUUGGUCUUUUGGAGGGAGGAAAGCAUCUGAACUUCAAGAUAAAAAAUUGAAUAACACCAAAUCUAAGCCUCUGGCUAAGGUGUGGUACAAUCAAAAAGGUUUCCAUUCACUGCCAUCCUACUUAAAUGAACUCAAUAACUUCAUUCUGUGGCUGAAUUUGCCUCCUAAUGUGGAUUGGAGACAGUAUGGGAUCACACUCUACAGCCAACCAUAUGGAGGAACGUUGCUGGACGAGGACAAAAUAAUGGAGAAUGUUCGUCAGUGUGGGGUAGCACUGUGUAUCAUGCUGGGUUUCUCUAUCCUUACCGCAUCCAUUGGAAGUGCCAUAGUGAAAGACAGAGUAUCUGGCACAAAGCGCUUGCAGCACAUCACAGGCCUGGGUUACAAAACUUACUGGCUUGCUAACUUCUGCUGUGAUAUGCUGUUUUACAUGGUUCCAGUCACCCUGUGUGUUGGUGUUAUUAGUGCCUUCCAGCUAUCAGCCUUCACUUGCCGAAAGAACUUGGCAGCCACUCUUCUCCUGCUGAUACUCUUUGGAUAUGCAACUUUACCAUGGAUGUAUCUUGUAUCCAGAUUCUUCUCAAGUUCAGAUGUAGCUUUCAUUUCUUACAUCUCCUUAAAUUUUGUGUUUGGCCUGUGUACUAUGCUGGUGACUCUGUUACCUCGUUUGUUAGCUAUAAUUUCCAAGGUGCAGAGUUUUCAGAGCAUCUACAAUAUCCUCAAAUGGGCAUUCAUCAUAUUCCCACAAUUCUGCUUAGGCCAGGGUUUAAUAGAACUUUCAUACAACCAAAUCAAGUUUGACCUGACCAGCAACUUUGGAAUAGAUUCAUAUGUGAGCCCCUUUGAGAUGAAUUUCCUGGGCUGGAUUUUUGUGGAAAUGGCCCUGCAGGGAACACUACUUCUACUUUUACGGCUUUUUCUUCAGUGGGACCUCCUCCAGAAAUCAAGGGGCCAGUGCUCAAUUAACAGCAUAGUCAGCCCUUCAGAAGAUGUUGAUGUAGAAAUGGAGCGGCAGCGUCUCUUUGGUGGAAGAACUGGUAAUGAUGUUCUUCUUCUGUACAACCUCAGGAAGAGUUAUGGAGGCUUCAGUAAGAAGAACACGGCUGUGGAAAGCAUAAACUUGGGAAUACGGAGGGGAGAGUGCUUUGGACUCCUGGGAACAAAUGGAGCUGGGAAAAGCACAACAUUUAAGAUGCUGACUGGUGAUAUCAUCCCAUCGGCAGGACGUGCUGUUAUCAGGACUCCUACAGGAUCUGAAAUGGAUAUACUGUCUGCUAGCUCUGAAGGCAUUCUCAUUGGCUACUGUCCACAGCAAGAUGCCCUGGAUGAACUUUUAACAGGUUGGGAGCAUCUAUAUUAUUACUGCACACUGCGUGGAGUUCCAAAACAGGAUAUUCAUAAGGUUGCAGAGGACCUUGUUAACCAGUUACACUUCAACACCCAUGCUGACCAACUGGUGAGAACAUACAGUGCUGGCACAAAGAGGAAGCUCUCUACUGCUGUGGCUUUAGUUGGUAAACCUCAAAUACUUUUACUGGAUGAGCCCAGCUCUGGGAUGGAUCCCUGCUCUAAACGCUACCUUUGGAAAACCAUCCUGAAGGAAGUUCAGGAUGGCUGUGCAGCUGUACUGACAUCCCACAGUAUGGAAGAAUGUGAAGCCCUCUGCACACGGCUUGCUAUUAUGGUCAAUGGAAGUUUCAAGUGUCUUGGUUCUCCCCAACACAUUAAAAACAGGUUUGGAAAUGGCUAUUCUGUCAAGGUUUGGCUUAAUAAAGAAAUAAGCUAUCAAAGAAAGAUUUUGGACUGUCUACAACUGCAUUUUCCUGGAACACAGUUUAAGGGACAGCAUCUUAACCUGCUCGAGUACCUCAUACCACGAAGCCAAGGGUGCUUAGCAGAGCUCUUCAGAAUCCUAGAGAAUCUCAAAGCUUUUCUUCCCAUCAAACACUACUCCAUUAGCCAAACCACAUUAGAGCAGGUAUUCAUUAAUUUUGCUACACAACAGCAAGGAGUCUCACAUUCUUCACAAGAAUCUCCUGUUGUUCAUCAUGAGCACCUGCCAGUCUAGGCUCAGAACAGAAUACAGCUUCAGCAGCAUGUGUGUGUGUAUUUGUGUAUACAUAUGCCCAUUUUACAUGCAAUAAAUUUUCAGCUGUUAAUCUGUGCAUGAGAAACAAAUUGUAGAAGCAGAGGUGAGUUUGCAUUUGUAGGCUAGAAGGAAUGCUACCAGUUCUGAGUAAAACAAGAAACUGGUUACGUACAGACCAAAAAUAUGCCAAAAAGUAAUGAUUUUUAAUUAACUGCAAUUUUAUAACGUAAAUGGCCUAAUUAAUACAGCUUUGUGUAUUAAAAAAAAUCAAAAAAGGAAAAAAAAGGCUGAUUUGUAAUGUCAUGAAAUGUCACAGUGUAUAGUAGAUUUUUUUUGUGUGUGGUGACUCUACAUUCGACUACAGUAAUUUUUUUGUAUGCACACUCAAUAUCUAAUUUUUACAUUAUAAGACAAGAAAACCCCAUUGAAUGGUAGCAGUAGCUGGGCUAUCAUCCCAUAUUUGUAUUUAAUGGCACAGAUUGAGAGCCUUUUGACUUCUGUAUUAAUUCAGUUCUGUGUUGUGACAAGCUAAAUUAGCUUUUUUAUUAUAUAAAGGAUGCAUUAUAUUCCACAAGUUUUUAUGUUAAAGAGGUUAUUAGUAUAUUAGUCUGCCCCCAGUUAUCUUAAGUAAAUUUAACAAGGUUUCAUAAAUCAUACUUGACAAUGGGUUUUCCCUUAUGCCGGCAGGUUGCUGCUGGAGGAAUUCUCAAGUAUCUUUGUAAUGACUUAUUUCCUUUUUCUUAUCUUGUUUCUUUUUUUUUUGCAAAAAGGAAGUCAAAGUGCUGUUUAACAGGCAUGUUAAAGGAAAAUAAGAUAAGCAUUCAGACAUUGAUCAAUGAACUUUUCAAUAAAUGUAUAUUAUGAUGCUAGAUACUUCAGAUAAGGCCAUGCCACAGCCUUCAACCUAUACAUGCAUAAAAUAAGUGAAUAUUUAAUGAAUAAAAUCUCCUUGUGUAUUGUAAUGGGAGAAAAAAUUACCAAAAAUUUUGGAGUAAACUGCUUCCUCUUUCAAAACAAGUCUUCGCAGCUCCUGUGAAAAGUGGCUGAUGCCACUUUUAUUAGACUACAUUUUCUGAUAGUUGAAAUUGUAGAACCGAUGGCUUAGAAGUGAGUUGCUGCAAUAUAAUUCUGGGGUAGGCAGGGGAGGGGGAAGUCUACUUUAAGAUGGAAGAAUUUGAUUUUAAAUAGACAAUUUUGCAGUGCUGCUGCUCUAAUUCCUUGCUGUACCAUGAUGGAAUAUUAAAAAAUAUAUUCUUGUGGUUUAGGGUUUGCAAGCUGACUCAGAACACAGUUUAUUGAGGCUUGACUCGUUGGUGAGUUUUUGGCCCACUAUGCUUUUUUAAAGUCAGAAUUCAGGUUACCUAUUUCUAUAAAGGUGAAUUUAAAUCCUGGAAAACUAAAAAAAAAAAAAAAAGAAGAAGAUUUACAGUCUUGAUCUGCAUGUACAUAUAGAUCAGAGUGAGCAAGCUUAUGAAACUGUUUUAUCAUUACAACGGCUUGGUAUGUACAGUCUGCUGCAUAAUAUUAGAGCUCUGCCAUGGUCCUCAAGAUCCAAAGCACUCAAGAGCCAUUAGAUCCCAACAGUCACCAUGCUGGUAGAAAUGCCGUGGCCCAAUGGGGUGGCCAUGUUUGAGGUGAAACCGGUUAUCUUUAAUUUCUGCACGAGGCUGAGAGUGGAAGGUUUCUGAAGUCCCCAGUUCAGAACAAAAAAAGGUCAAUCUUACAAAGCAGAGUGUGAAAGAAGUAGUGGAGGUGAAAGAAGGCAUCGGCAGAUGUAGGAAAUUUGGGCAGAAAUAGGGUUAUGCUGUUGAGAUUGUCCUGCUUUAUUUCAGGAUCUUAGGGUGGAAGAAACUGAAGGUACAAGGCAAAGCCAAGAAUCUUUGAGUUAUGUCUCAACAGAAUAACAUUUCUGGACCCCUUGCUCAGAUGGAAAAAGUAGAAGGGAAUGUAUGGGAUGAACACGUGCACAGAGCUUUUUUAUUUUUUUUCCUGUUGGUACGUUAAUUUGUAAAUUGCUGACACUAUGAUUGAUUAGCCUUUUUUGGGUUUUGUUUGUUUUCAUAAACUAAUAUCUCUCAGCCAUCACAAGUCCUUAAAAUAUGAAACAUACACAAGGAAAUUUAGAGGAUGGAUUUGGGAAAGGAGAUGGUGCCAGUUCUUGGGGUGUGAGGCAGUUGAGCCAAAAAGUCUCAUUUGUAUGAAACUGUGACAUGAGUGCCUAUUCCUGCUUAGGAAAUGUGCCAGGGAGCUGAAUUAAUAAAGCAGUCGUGCAGUUUGCUUAGACCAAGGGAAGCAUAAAAACAUACAAGACUCACUGUGGUGAGACUGAAAAACAGUAGCCUAGCUGAAUACUUAGAUAGGGGAGCUUUUUCAAGGUUUGGCUGUGUAACACUAAUUAAAUGUCAUUUUUUUCUGAUUAAAAUGUGAAAGAUUAUAUUAGUUUAAUAGAUGAAUACAGUAAAUAAAGUUUACUUCAGAUUGAUGGUUGAGUAAAUUCAGUUAACAGUAUUUUUCUUUUUUUAAAUUGCUUCAUAUGCAUCUCAGGAGAGCCAAUUUAAUUCAGCAAGUAGCAAACAAUGUCUGUCUACCAAUCCUUUAUGGCUGAAGAAGGUCAAAAUCUAACUGAGUUCCAGAGUACUGGGCUCUGUCUUAGAGGAUAUUUUCCCUCUCUUUGACUUGCUGCAUUCCUGACGUAUGUAAGUUUCAAGAAAAGUCUUCUGAAGAUUUUUCAGGGUUUUUAAAAUUUAAAUAAUAAUAAUAAUAAUAAAAUAAUUCCUAAACUAGGAGUUUAGACAGAAAAGGUCACUUAUACAUUAAUGAUGGAAGAAUCUUCGUACUCAUUAAUCAUGCAGAAAUGUCUCUUCUUCUAACACCUCUGUAUUUUGAAUCAAAGACAGCUGAGGAUUUUAAACAAUAACUUCUCUUGUGAGAUUUUUUUAGGAAAAUUUCAUUUUCUUUCAACUGGAAAUUUCGCUGACUAUGAAAGUGUGCCCUUCACCUUGACUCAUAAAAUACAAUUAAGCUCAAAAUUAGAAAAUCAGCUGAAUAUCCGAAAUGCUCAAUACUGAAAUCAGGGAGAUUAUUUUCAUCCUUGUAGGGGACUAUUCCCCUAUCUAAGUCAAAAGAAGGGCUUCUGCCAAUCAUAGAGCACAUUGUUUCAUGCCCUAAUUUAAUUUUCAUACAAUUAUAGAAUGAGGUGGGCAAAAAUAAACUGUAGGUCUGAACCUUACAUCAAAGUACCACAAAUGCAGUGGAGGAGGAGGGGUGGUGGUAGCAGUGGAUAGGAUGGUGAAAAGUCAUGCACUGUCAUUUUGAAUCUGGCUACAUAUUAAAUUUCUGUAUGGAUUUUUGUUCUGAGAGGAAAGAACUUAUUUUUCUGGUUUGGUUCAGUCAUGACCAAAGAUGAUAAAUUUCCCCCAGGGUAGCAGAAGACCUGUAAUGUGAUUUCCAGCAGAGGAAUUGGGCGCCCUUUGAGCUUGUUGGUCCUUGUGAAAUUUGAAUCACUGGGGCUUGAAAUCUCAUAAAUUAGGGAGUUAAAUCUGACUUUUGCUAGAACUGCUCAACUCCUAGAUCAGUCUAAACCCAAUUUAAGUAAGAAUAUUGCUUUCCUGGUCUUUCCCUAGAAAGUAGUAAAGCUGACACUUGCUUUGGUUCAGUUUAAUAUGAUUUAAUCUUUUUAUGUCAGAACUUUCAAUUUUUCUUUCUAAAGAAUAGGGAGAUCAAAGCUAGCAGUGCAAAGAUCUUGCUUUAAGUGAUUGAGAGCUGACUAGGUCAGACAGCUUUCCUGAGACCUGCAAAAACUGAAAAGAAAAUGCUUCCUGCGUUGUGUGUUGGAUACUUAUAUUACAAAUAAAAUUGAUACUGCAACUCCAGGGAAGGUGGGCAGCAGGUACAAAGCAGAAAUCACAACUAUCUUAUUCUUGCAUGGAAAGAACAGUCUGCUACUAUCAACAGGCAAAUUACUGCUGAAUGUUUUAACAGAUGAAUUCUUCAUGCUGAAUAAUGAUAUGGAUCACUGAAAGAAAUCCAGGUAUUUUUCUUCUUUAUUAAAUUUUUGUAUUACAGUGAAUAUUGUUCCAGCAGUACCCUCAUGCCUAUUGCUACAUGGAAAUACAUGUUGGGGUAGAUUCUGGCCCCUUUCACAAUGGCUCUGUAAAAGCUUUAAUCAGACAUAGGCACUAUAGACAUGUGUGGACUUCUUUAGCUUAGGCAGAUCAAAUCACCAAGGUUCAUAUCUACUUUCCCACAGAAUACAGAUAGAAAAAAAGGAGAUACAAGCUAUAUUGGCAAGUGAUUAAGUCAAUAGUUGAGGUUUCCAUCUGCAACUAGUUUAUUCCAGCUAUAGGACACCAUACAUAUGUCAUUUUGCUGCCUGUUAGGCUGCUGGUGCAUGCCAUGGACAAUUUAAAGAAGUGCCUGAGGAUUCAGCUGACUCUGAGGUACCCAACAGGAAAAGAAUAGGAAUAUCUAAUGUGCUAUGGAAUAAGGUAAGAUCAAACAGGAGCCCUUCCACCUUCAUGUUGAGGCAAUAAAUGCUACUUUAUAAUUAAGUGUAAUGCAUAUAAUUCAAGAGAAGUAUCAGAAACAUUUUUUCCUUUAACUUGUGUUAGAAUAGAGAAAUUGCAAAACUUAUUUCAUAUAGCAUUUUGAUACCAUGCUUAAUCCCUAUUGUGUAUCCCUUACUAUAUGCAAUAACCAGACCCCCAAACCCCUCAACUCUCCCCUCAGACAUCAAUCUUUUGCAGCUUGAUUCACCUUCUACAAACUGUGAAAGUUUGUGGGGUUUUUUUCUUUAAUUUUAUUCAGAUCUGGUUCUUAAAACUUUAAUAACUAUAGCUGAGAACUUAAGUGAAGGAGUGUGUGGCAUUUAUACUGAAUCAAAUGGAAUAUGCAUGUAAUGGUCUAGCUGAGCAGUUGUAGUCAUCUAGUACUUUGUAGCUGGUGAUAAUUGUCUAAUAAGAACCUGAAAUUGUUUUCUUAGGAGUCUGUUAAUAUGAAUAAUUCUGGUAUCAAUGUGUGAAUCCAAAAUACAUUUAAUCUAGAGAAGAGGGUAUUCUCAGUACAUAAAAGGUUAGAAUCAAGGUCAUGCACAACAUUUUGGAGAGUUGUUUCGUUGGAGUGGUUUUCCUCUCCCAAAGUUAAUGAUGCGAUUAAAGUGGCACUUGUCAGUGGCCAUCUAGUCACUGAAAAUACUGAUGGCCCAGAGCCGAGAUUGUUUACAUGCUGGUCAUUGAGACAAGCCUAUGCUCCCAUUUCAGUAGUCUCUUUUUCACUAACUGCAUGCUUUAGAUGAACUGGUAGUAAAAGUUAAUGCACAGAAUUAUAUUUUCAAGUCUUUGCAAGCUGUGCAAUUAGAAAUUGAUUUUCUACAUGUUCAGCAACUGGCUAAUGUAGAAGAUUUUAAGUAUUUCCAUAUAUUAAAUGAUUUAAGUAAAUUUUUAAAAUAGUAUUCACAGAAAUGUGUUACAAAGUUAUGAGUUAUUGUAUGCAUAUACUAUAUAGACUUCUACCUUAAAUCUAAGUGUGAAUAAAUAGGUCCAUAAUUAUGUAUUUCCAAUUGUGAAAAGGAUAGAUUUAGCUUUAACCCAUUUGGACACUUUUGAUUCUACAGUUCUGACAAUUAUACAAGAUAUUUCUAUUAUUCAUGACAACUUUAAGAAAAACAUAACUAUUUCCAUCUUUAAAUUUUCAAAACUUAAGAAUUCUGACAGUUAAAUUUUAUUUAUAAUGUGAUACUUUUCCUGAAUUUGAAGUUGGGCUUGUCCCAAUGCCAGGCUAAAUAAUGAUCAUAAUAGCACAAGAACUCUGAGGUUGUUGAAGGAUGGGAGGAGCAGAGGAGUGCUGUCCAGUGAGUGUGUAAUCUUGAGCCCCAUGGCUGCUUUAUUUCAUGAGGAAUGCAAAAAAACUUAUAACAAGUGAGUACUAUCCAAAAAGUUUAGUUAGAAGUGUAUGUUAUUGCAAGACUUUCUAGCACUGAGAUGAAAAGUGUUAUAAAACAAUUGUUUUGACUUUUCAUGCACCUGUUUUUGCUUUUAGAGGAAACCAACAGACUAACCCCAAAGAAACUUGAUCUGUUUUCCCAGUUAUGAACUCUUUACUGGAAAUAAAGAUACCAAUUCACAGCAGAGCUUCAGGUAUCACAGUUAAACAAAUAAAAAUCUUCCAAAGCUGGUUUCAGAUCAAGUGCAACCAUAUACUAACAAUGCCUUACAGAUCUAUUUUUUUUUUAAAUCCUUCAUAUCUACUCUUUUGUUGUGCCAAAGAAGCAAGUGUUAGCUGGAUCAAAUGCAGAAGGUGAUUGGAGACAUUUUAUACAACAGUGUAUUCUUAUUUCAAGCAAAUUGCAGUAGAUAGGAUUGGACAAUGAAAUCUGCAAUCCAGAUGCCUGAUGUGUCCUGAAGGCACAACAGUCCAUGGUUUCAAAAACUUUCUAUAAAUAGUCAAAAUAGUUUUAUGAAACAAGAAGGAAAGCACAACCUCACUUGUCUGAGGUUGCAAAGGAGGAUAGUGGCAAAAUUAGGAAAAGAACCCUUUUUUCUUUUCCCCCAAGGUUAGUAAAACACAUAUGCAGUCUUGUUACUGAGUUUAGACAGAGCCAUUUCACCUGAGUAUCUGGAUUUUUUCAGUCCAUUGGUCAUAUAAUACAUACAGGUUUCACUGUAUUUCGGGCUAAAUAGAGAAGGGCUGUGUAUUGGAAAAUAAGACACAGAGUCUUACCCAUCAGUCAAACCUAACCCAUGCAUGCAGCCAGGGCAAAAGAGAGAGAGUGGGACAGAAAAAGAGGAAUGAAGUUAAGAAAAGAGGGAAUACAGCAAAAGACAUUUCUGAGACAGAAAUUCUGUUGCUGAAAGAUAGGAGUGGAGGAGCCUUGGAGGUAGCCUGCCACUGGUGAUGUCUUUCUCAGAGCCAAAGGAAUAAAAGAGAGGUCAUGUAAAACAUUUUGAGGAGGGAAGGAUAGGGCUUUCAUAAGAUAGCAAAGAAAAUCUUUAAUACUGUGCAAAAGAAACCUGACAUAAUAUGAUGUUAAUUUCCUUGUUUAUAUAUAUGAACACAAUUAGGCCAGUUUACUUUCCAUUUGGAGGGUUGCUUACUACAUAUGAAUGUGGCUGUGUUCUGUUGAUCAACUACAACCCUGCUCAUUUCUAAGACUUUUGGGUUUAUUUGAUUUUUAACAUCCUGAUGUCCAAUAGAAAUUAUAGGAUGAAACACUAACACAUCAGGAUGGAGAAUUCUGUAUUCCCAGGUAAGCACGGAGCAAUAUGGAAUCAGGACCUGGCCUUUGGUGGGAACUGGGCUAAUUUACUGUGGUGGGUUGACCCUGGUUGGAUGCCAGGUGCACAUCAAAGCCAACCUAUUACAGCCCUCCUCAGCUGGACAGCAGAGAGAAAAUACAAAGAAAGGCUCAUGGGUCAAGAUAAGGACAGGGAGAGAUCACUAAUGGGCAAAACAGACUUGACUUGGGGAAAUUAGUUUAUUACCAAUCCAAACAGAGUAGGAUAAUGAGAAAUAAAACCAAAUCUUAUGACACCUUCCCCCCACCCUUCCCUCCUUCCUGGGCUUAAGUUCACUCCUCAUUUUCUCCACCUCCUUCUGCUCAGCAGCACAGGGGGACAGGGAAUGGGGGUUCCUGUCAGUUCAUCACACGCUUUGUCUGCUGCUCCUUCCCUCUCAGGGGGAGGCUCCUCACACUCUGCCCCUGCUCCAGUGUGGGGUUCCUUCUACAGGAGACGGUCAUCUGUGAACUUCUCCAAUGUGAGUCCUUCCCAUGGCUAUACAGUUAAUGAACUGCUCCAGAAUGGAUUCCCCACAGGGUCACAAGUUCUGUGAGCAAACCUACUCCAGGCUGGGCUCUUCUCUCCACAGGGCUACAGUUCCUGCCAGGAGCCUGCUCCAGUGUGGGGUUCCCAUGGGGUCACAGCCUCCUUUGUGGGGGUCCACCUGCUCUGGUGUGGGGUCCUCCAUGGGCUGCAGGUGGAUACCUGCUCCACCAUGGACCUCCAUGGGCUGCAGGUGGACAGCCUGCCUCAGCACGGGCUUCACCACAGGCUGCAGGGAAAUCUCUUCUCCAGCACCUGGAGCACCUCCUGCCCUCCUUCUGCACUGACCUGGGUGUCUUCAGGGCUGUUGCUCUCGCAUAGUCUCAUUCCUCUUUCCAGCUACAGUUGCUGUUGCGCAGUAACUUUUUCCCCCUUCUUAAAUGUGUUAUCAAAGAAGUGCUACAACUGUCCCUGAUGAGCUCAGCCUUGGCCAGUGGUGGGUCCAUGUUACAUCUGGCCAGCUUUGGCUCCAUCAGACAUGGGAGGAUCUUCUGGCAUCUUCUCACACAAACCACACCUGUAGCCCCUCUUCUACCAAAACCUGGCCAUGCAAACCCAAUAUGUUGAACAUCUCAUAGAGCUUGACCCUAUGUAUUCAUUGCUAUUGUUUGUGCUGCUUUUUGUUGCCAAACCCAUCCCUGAAAAGAAUGAAUCAAAUUCUGUUUUCUCAAGAACUGUGUUCCCAUAACAGUUCAGUCAGGACUUGGCAAGACUGUGGUAAAAUAUCUGAUUUUGCCUGUUCCAGAAGUUGGUUCAGAUCUUCAAGAAGACAUAACGGGAAAAAACAAACAAACAAAAAACCCACACACAAUUUGAUGACGCCAAGAUGGGUGGUGUGGUUGAUAAUCUAGGGCGAAGGGAUGCUGUCCAGAGACACCUUGACAGGCAAGAGAAGUGGCCCCAUGCAAACCUCAUGAAUUUCAACGGGGCCAAGUGUAAGGUCCUGCACUUGGGUUGGGGCAGUCUCAAACAUGGAUACAGGCUGGAGGAUGAGUGGACUAACAGCAUCCCUGAGGAGAAGGACUUGGGGGUAUUGGUGGAUGGAAAACUGAAUAUGAGCUGGCAAUGUGCACUAGCAGCCCAAAAAGUCAAUCACACCCUGGGCUGCAUCAAAAGAAGCAUGGCCAGUAGGUCAAGGGAGGUGAUUCUUCCCCUCUACUCUGCUCUCAUGAGACUCUAUCUGGAGUACUGUGUUCGGCUGUGGGACCCACAGCAUAAGAAAGACAUGGACCUGCUUGAGUGGAUUCAAGGGAGGGCUACAAAGAUCAUCAGGGGGAUGGAGCACUUCCCCUAAGAGAACAGGCUGAAAGAGUUGGGUUGUUUAGCCUAGAGAAGUGAAGGCUCUGGGAAGACCUUAUAGAGUCUUUUCAGUACUUAAAGGAGACCUACAGGAAAGAUGAGGUGGUACUUCUUAUCAGUGAAUGUAGUGAUUGGACAAAGGUAUUAAACUGAAAGUGGGUAGAUUAGAUAUUAAGAAGAAAUUCUUUAUGGUUGGACUCAAUGAUCAUAGAUGUGUUUUCCAACCUAAAAAAUUAUACGAUUCUACUGUGAGGGUGGUGAGGCACUGGAACAGGUUGCCCAGAGGAGCUGUGGAUGCCCCAUCCCUGGAAGUGUUCAAGGCCAAGUUGGAUGGAACUUUGAGCAACCUGGUCUAGUGGAAGAUGUUUCUUCCCCAUGUCGGGAGGGAUGGAAAAAGAUGAUCUUUAAGGUCCCUUCCAACCCAAACCAUUCUAGGAUUCUACAAUUUUCCUGUUCAUAUAAAAUUGCAUCAUUUUCUUCUCACUUGCUUCCCUCAUACCCUGUUCCUUGGAUCCAGCUCAUGGGAUCAUGAUUUGGUUUUAUUCCCAUGUGUAUGCUCUGUUUACAAAUUAAUAUAUAAAGAAUUUUACAUGUUACACAACAUUUUAUCUCAAUAUUAAAUUAAUCUUCUAAUGAAGUUGUGGUUGCAGAUAAGAAGGCAGGGAGGUGACUUUUGGCCUUAAGACGAUGAAGAAACAUGAUUCAGUGUUUGAGAAAGAACUGACUAUGCAGCUGUUAUUAAAAGCUGACUAGAGGCUAUGGUUUUAUUAUACAAAAAGGUGUAAUGGAAAAGAAUAAAGGGCAAAAGACCAGCAACAUUCCAUUUCUCCAAACACUAACAAGCCCUCAGUUAUUCAUUUGCAAUUAAAGUUCACUGAAUUAGCUACAUGAAAACAAUAAAACAUGGGUUCUCUCAGGCAUAUUCUCAACAACAGUGUUAGAAAAGAAAGGUUUGAUAGGGCAAAGAAUGAGAGUACCGUGACUUUGAACUUGCUCAGUAAAUUGAUUCAGUUUGGAUUUUUCCAUCGUCUGUGCACUUUCUCCUUUCUUUGACUUCUGUGCCUCACACCUUCAGGUGAGAGUAGCAGGAGCACAAGGAUCUGCUACGUGUCUGAACUCAGGGAUGGAGUCUGACAGCAGAUAUCUAAUGUUACUCUGUGCCUGAAGGGUGCAUGUCUCUAGAAAGUGGAAAGAACCCUCUUUUUAAUCACUCCAAGAUAUAGACUGUAUGAAGAAUAGGAAAGCUUCUUUCUGGUAGCCUUGCUCCCUUAUAAAUAUCUGUGACUACAUACGUAUAGAUGUAGCAGAGAAGCUACCACAAUUUUUUCAGGAAGGACAUUUGCACCAAGGCUGUAUUUGCAAGGACUUUGCUCAAGAUUAUUCUUCUUUUAAUAGGCUUUUAUCAAUCAAUGUUUUCAGUCAUUGGCUUUUACUCCACUGCUGUCAAGCUGCAGCUCACUUCAUGGUUUUUUGGUACUACAUGUUACACAGGUCUUUAAAUACACCAGAGCUGAGGCUGCAAGGUUUUUCUCUGGGGGAAGUAUUUCCCUUGAUAGCUGCUUUGCCUUUUGCUCACUAUACUGGUUGCCAGAUCUUGGAUAUGAAAAGCUUCCCCUAAAUUGUCUUUGUAGGGAAUACUGAAGAGCGGAGACAUUUUCUGUAGGUCAUUACUCUGUUUUACUUCUGCUAAAUCAUUAGACCAUUUUUUCUAAAUAAAUUAGCUACUCUCGGAAAGCUCAAAAACAUUGGCAACCUCUGUCUUCUGUUCUGCUCAGUGUCUUGGUGUCUUCCAUUAGAGGGUGCAUCAGUAGGUGUCAGAUGAAAAACACCAUGCUCAGGAAGAGCACUGAAGAAAACACUGACACUUCUGCAGCGUUCCCAAAAAAUGUAUGUAGAGGUCCAUUUAUUAAAGAUUUUUUUCCUAGUUGUUCACAGGAGUAGCAACUGUUUAGAAACAUAAUAUUAACAGAAAGCAAAUUUAGAGUUCGUUUAGGCCAACAUUCCAAGAUUCAAGGGUAACAGUCAGAGCUGGUUUUGCUCUUUCACUGUCAUGUACGUUGCUUAUGUGCCUGACCAGAUCUAAGUGCAAGGGUUUGAAUCUAUAACUGCAGAAAGUUAUGGAGGGCUUUUGGCAACUAAUUUUCAUUGAUAGCACUACAAAUUAGUUUUAGUUGAUUUCAUGGGCUGGGGAAAAAAUGUCAGUUUGACUGCUAGCCUUUCUUCACGUUACUUUGGAGAUGGUAAACGAUGUGCAUGUCUCAGAGAAAGGUCCUUGUUGACACAAUCAAGAGCCCAAAUAGUAAAAGUGUCUCAAAAGUUAUAGACAGGUUGUCAGGCUUUUUCAAGUGUGUCUGAGCAGACUUGGGAAAUCUAUUACAGAUUUAAUUUUUUUCUGUUCAAGGUUUGAAUCUUCUGAGGCCAGAAUAGGUGGGGCUGUGAUUACCAGUUUGACUGUUGUCCUCAGGUCAGUCCUUUCAUUUUGAACUGAAUGGGAAAUGUAGAAAUGUACAAAAUGCUGCAGGUGACCCCAGUUGCUGCAGUUUCUGACUCUGUUGCCAAGCAGCAUAGAAAAUGGUUAUGACGCUGAUUUAGAUCACAGUAAUAAAGAGUGACAUAAAAGCAAAUAGUGUGUUUACAUGUAGCCCUUUGGCUUUAAUGAAGCCCAGAGGGCUGUAGCAGUCCAAGUCUUAAUUAUAUUAUGACUGCAAAUCUGAUGGCAAGAGCCAUCUCAAAAGGACAAUACCUGCCUAGAAAAGCUACUGUGCUAGGUGUAAAAUAGAUAAAUGUCUGAAAACAAUAGCAGUAUACCAGCGAGCAUGAAGAAACCAAGGACAUGUUCUUUUAUGCAGUUUCUUCCAGCAGAAAGCAUUUAUGUUAGCUAGCAGCCUUGCAAAGGUGGAACUGUGACUGUUCAGGAUACAACAGUACUUUUCCCCUAUUAUUUGGUUUGGGGAAAGGAACAACCCUUAUAUGGACUUUCCAUAUGUUGUAAUAUGUUCUUUUUCAGGGUCAUCUGGUCUGAAACUAUUGAAAUUUCUCUACUGGAAAACAUUGUCAGUUACCUUUUGCAAAGAAUAACAAAUAUUCUUUGAUACUAAACCAGUAAAAUACAAGCCAUUCUUCUGGUGUUUUUUUGUUUGUUAUCCUGCUCUCUUUUAUUUUUCCUUUCUCUUUUCUUUUGUGUGUGUGGGGGGUGAUUGUGUACGGUUUGUCAUUUUUUUAUUUUUUAUUUUUUCAUGUGGGAAGGUAUGAAGAUUGGGAGCAGAAGAGGAUGAAAAAAAUAUUUUUGGCUGUGAAGUUUUCCAAACAAUGUAGAUCUUUUAAAACAAUGUUAAGCUUCUACUUCCCCUCCCCACUCCCUCCCCCAAGUCUACCAAAUGAAAAUUACUCUGAAAAUUAACCCCUUAAGUGCCUUUGAAAAUUCUAUGCAUUUUACCCUACAAAUUUGAUCAAACAAAUAUAAACACUUAUUUUGGUAAUAGAUAUGUUCAUUAUUGUUGUAGUUAAUUUACUUAUCUGUGUAGAGAUUUUAUAUG